AUGCGUCUCCCGUGCCUUGCCAUGUGGAGUACGUACUUGGACUGCAACGCAAUGCAGCUAGCAGUCCAGUUUUUCCACCCUGGACACUCGAAACUCGACAGGGCUUGGCUAAAUACGAAGGAGGAGCGUUCUAGAACAGUGAGCCGCAGCAACACCGCUGUAGAUCUCAGGCUAAUUCUAGGAGAGAAGGCCGAGUGGAUCGUGGUGCAAGAGCAUUUAUCGACAUUCUCCGUUAUCAGAUUGACAAUCAGUUCCAUGUCUUCCAUCUCGGAGCGACUCCCGUCCAAUCAGGGCCCCCGGAGCUUCAACAAUUAA